UACUCCAUGUCCAAGUCUCGACCGCGAGAUGGUAUGAAGCUGAUUUCUGAGUGGUAUCCUGAACGCAGACUGUUGAAGCUUCCUCGCCUCAUGAUUAUCGACUCUUAGUUCUGCACAGUGCAAGUCUGCAAUCUGUCCAGAGUGAGGUGAGUGGAAUUCCAUGGCCUCUUCAGAAUCUCCGUCUGCGCAGCGGAGAGAAAAGUUGAGGGAUUUGGUAAGAAGAUUGGAGCAUACUAGUGCGCAGGACGAUUCAGUGGAAUACGAGAAUGUAGUCAGGAUGUGCGUAGAGCAAGUGCAGGGCAUUCGUUCGAUCAAUGAUUUAUCUGGGCUCCAGAGCAGAGAAGCUGAAACCUUGCUGGACGUGCUGAGAUGGGCUGAUAUAUCGAAGCUGCGGGAGUUGGAUCUUUCCAAAACCUUGAUUACAGGUUCUGUCGUGCAAAUUCUAAGUGACGUUCUCAGCACAACACGCUUCGCAGCGUUAGAGGUUUUGAAUUUGUCGGAAAAUCUCCACUGUCAGAUGGACAUGACGUCUAGUGCAGCCUUGGCAGAAGUUUUAGCAGGUGGUUGCUUGCCACACCUCAGGGUUCUGUGCCUUCCACCCUGCCACGUUCCCACAAUUGCCGCGGCUAUGCUCAGAGGAAACAUUUCGAGAUUGGAAGAAUUGCGUAUGGAAUUCUACAGGAAGCUGAUGCAGAGUUCUUCCGAGCUGAAGAAUUUCUUCGAAGAGGGAGCGCUUUCGGCACUCAGAAUCCUCGGUCUCAGAGACUGUAUUUCAACAGAGGAUCAGAUUGAGCAAUUCAUGAGGAGAGUGAAGUCAGGGGACCUCAUGAAGCUGGAGUGCCUGGAUUUCUCAAACAACUUUCUCAACUACAAGGGCUGUAAAUUCCUGGCCAGAGCAAUCCAGAGUGGUCAGCUAUGUCAACUGAGGCACUUAGACCUGAGCUGGUGCAAACUCGGAGACAGUGGGGUGCAGCAGAUCCUCGACGGGAUCGACCAGACGCCUCUGCUAGAGACUCUCUGCCUUGAAAGCAACUCAUUUACAGACGUCGCGACUGCGUCUCUAGCUCAAGCCAUGAAAAAACGGAAACUUGUCAACAUCCGAAAAAUUCGCGUGCACGGGAGAAAUAUGAUAUCGAAUCAGGGCAUUGUCGCUUUGUCCACAGUCCUGUCGGAUCCCACAUGCGUACCGAAACUUGGCAUGCUGGAUUUAGGUGAAGACAAAACCCUUGAUUUGAUAGGAGCGAAAGCUCUUAGGGACGCAUACAGACAGAAUCCAAAUUUGACGGUGGAUGUGAAUGUAUCUUGGCCCGACGAAUCCUUAAAAAUACAAAUGCAGGAGCAGAGAGUGAACAACAUGCGCGCAGAGGAGUUCACACUGACUUCACUGGACGAGGAGCAAGUAGUUCCGCGCAUGGCCAAAGUUUUCAUAUGUGGAUAUGAGAAGGUGGGCAAAACCACACUGAGAAGAUCGAUGGAGAGAAACCUUCUGAAGUCCUUGAUCAAGUGGGAACGCAGGCCUCGGUUUCAUGAGGAGCCGCGCACCCGAGGAAUGGAGUUGUCUGCGGUUUCUGGUGAAGCUGGAACCUCUGCAGAAGCGCUGACACUUAUUCUGUGGGAUUUAGCUGGCCAGCAAGAGUUCCAUGUGAUGCACGGGGCCUUCCUCCCAGACCUCGGACUGGCAUCCGGCAAGGCUACAACUUUCUUGCUGGUCUUUCGUGCUGAUUUGGUAAAGCCGCCAGAAGCUGCAAAAAGUGAACGUGAGCUGCGCUACUGGCUCAGAUUCAUCGCGGCCGGGUCUGUGAAGGGGAUCAAGCGCCACUUGGUCUUAGCUCUGAACUGCAUAAAUUCUCGAAUCCAUGGCGGUGUUGAAGCUGAAGAUUUCAACCGUCAGAAGACUUUCUGGGGCAGUCUUCUGAAAGAUGUAGGCAAAGCGUUCUCUGAUUCGCUCGACAUCCACUCGGAGCCUUUUGUAGUCGAUGCAAGAAAGAGAAGGUCUGUCCAGAAGCUGAAGCAGCACCUGCUAUCCAAAGUCGAAAAUGCUCUCAAAGAUGUCAAGAUACCCAAAGUAUGCUUGGAAAUUCAUGGGUUUCUGCUCGACUGGAAGAGUAAGCAUAGCAACUUCCCGGUCCUCAACUGGACAUUGUUCAGCCAGAUGAUGGAGAAACGAGGCAUCACAGCUGACAAAUUAGACGCAGCCACUGCUCACUUGCAAGAGUCAGGGUGCGUCAUCUACUACAGGAAUUCUCCGGUUGGGAAGGAGACCGAUAGAUUUGUCGUCGCAGAUCCGGAAUGGUUCGGCAGGAAAGUCAUGGGAGAGAUAUUACUACCUGAGCAAAUGCUAGCAGCUAAGCAGUCGUCCCUAUCCCAAAUCGUGGGAGACGACGGAUCUCUCAAACGCUCUAUGCUCGCCGGCCACUUCCAAGCUCUCAACAAGGACAGCGCGAACACCGAUGAACUGAUUGACAUGCUCGCCAAGCUGGGGUUGUGCUACGAUGUGGGAAAGGAGAGAGUUUUCAUCCCGGCUCUGAUCCGAGAGGACAAUCUGAGCAAGUGGGAGAGGCAGGGAGUGUACUGGGUCAUGGGGCGAUCUCUCCAGCCCAGAGAGGAGGACAAGGGAUUCAUUCCCUCGUCCGUGUUCAGGAAGCUGCAAGUCCUUCUGGCUCAGGACAAGAAAUUCGGGCUCCAAGGGAGUGACAGCGACUACUGCGCCGGCAAGACGUUUUCGUUCUUCAUGGUCGGAUCUCAGAUGGUUCUCGUGCAGUUCGAUGUCGAUGAAUCCGACCCAGGGGACGAUCGGAUCGAUGUGCUCGUCAAGCGCAUGGUCAAGCAGGUCGAUGCCGUCAGUGGGGUCGAAGUCGAGGACCACUCGUACCACACGGACCUCGAUCUUGUUCUUGAGAUUAUGGACCUGGUCGAGCGCCUGUGCACCCAGACCUGCCCCAGCGUGGAACUGGAACGGAAGGCCAUCGGGCCCUGGCGUGCCGACAGUGCAACAGUCCCCAUGGCCGAAAGGAAGCUGAUCCCUGUGGACGAGCUGAAGAUGCGCGUUCGCAAGCAUGGGCUGCACAGUUCCACCACCAUGAGGGUAGGACAAGUUGGAGUGCAGAAUGGUCAGCUAUUGUCCGCGAGAGAGCUCGAGGCCAUCCACUCCAGUGUGAACGAGAGCCUUCUGAUUGCCCAGUCCGAAAUCGAGAAAUUCGAUCUGCUGCCCCCGAGCUCGCUGCCGAUGGCAGAUGAGACGGAAGAGGCCCUCAAGCAGGACGGGACUCAGGGCGAUACGGCACUGAUCAUUUCCGUGGUUCAGAAGGUAGUUCGGGAGGAGGGCCAAAAAAUCAUAAAGCACAUCGACCGAAAAUGUGAGGAGCUGCAGAAGAAGUUCGACAAGGCCUUCGAGUGCCAGAAGAAGCUUCUGAACCAGAUCCUGGCUUUGAAUCGCUACUCCAUCGAGGAGAAAGAGAACUGUUAUCCGAGGUACAUCUUCCUCGCCAAGGAGGACGAUUCCCGCUUCUACCUCUCGGCCCGACAGGCAUUUCACGAACGCUUCCGAAUGCAUCUGCUCUGCGAGUGCGACUACAGUGACGGAGUUCCUCACCAUGUCGAGAAGCAAGAAGGUCUCGAGAUUAAGAACAUGAGAGAAUGGCUGCGUAAAGUUGAACCAUGCCUCUCUUGGACCUUAAAAGUGACCCUCAUCACGGCUAAAAUCGUCGGUAAUAUUGUCGCUCCAGGACUCGGUUUACUCCUUCCCAAUUAUAAAGAAAGUGGUGACACGUCGAAAAUGGCAGAUGGGGUCGCGUGGGUGGCCAAGGGAGCGCAGGACUCUACAUCGCAGUCAUUUGCCGAGGGAGCGCAGGAAACUUUAUCGCAAGUCAGUCUUGACAGUCUUGGUCCCAGGGAAUCUGUGAAAGAACUUUCAGCAAUGCUGGUGAUGGACAGUAUAAGAGAAUUGGGAUCCGCUGUGUUCUAUGAGAAAAUAAAAUUGAAACGCGUAGAGUUGUCAUCAUCGAAGGAAUCAGAUCCGUAUUCUAAAACUGUCGUGUGGAUGUGCGAUGAAUGCUUUAACUGUUACCAACCUACUGGUCGCGUCAGAGACAUCACAAAUUACUUUGACAGGGUAAAGCCGUCUACUUCUGUCUGGCUUUAGAUUUUGUCCUUUCACAUUGUAUGUCCCUGGACAUACAGUGUGAAAAUCAAAAUCAAGUGUCAGUGACAGCCCAAAAGAUCAAAAUUGGGCUUCCCGAAGCGUCAUAGCUGUUGCAGUGGAUCUGCACGGAAUUUGGUUUUCGGCACGUAGCUUUAACAGAUCUAUGCAAUCAUAUUGAAUAGGAUCCUGCUCUUCAACAGCGCAGCAAAGGAUCAUCGAUCUUGCUCUGAAUAUGUACAUAAUAAACUUCCAAUGACUUAU